AUGAAGGUUAGUGUUGAUGUUGCUUGGAGUGCACCAUGUAUUGAUGGUCGUUGUUAUGAUUACACGGGUUUAGCAAGUGCUAGUGACUUUCUUUUUAUUAUGGCAUACGAUUUACGAUCACAAAUAUAUGAUUUAAAUGAUUGUAUCGCUUCAGCAAAUUCACCGAUUGCUCGAGUUGCAGCUGGUUUGAGUAAUUUUACACAAAUUUUUGAAAUUUCACCAUCAAAACUCGUUCUUGGUGUACCUUGGUAUUGUUAUGAUUAUAAAUGUUUAUCCAUUGACGCUAAUAUGACUUGUACAAUUGAACAUGUUCCUUUUCGUGGUGCACCAUGUUCAGAUGCAGCGGGAGUUCAACACGAUUAUCAAUAUUGCCGACAAUUAUUACGCUUGAAUUCUACAACUGGUCGUCUAAUCGAUAACCGAACAGGUGGAGUCUUUUUUAAUUACAUUAACAAUCAAGAUGGAUUUAUACACCAAGUUUGGAUGGAUGAUCCUGAAACACUUUUAAUUAAAUAUGAUCUUGCAAAUGAACGGCAUCUAUUUGGUAUUGGUAUGUGGAAUGUUGAUUAUCUUGAUUAUUCUGCAAAUGCAACGAAAGACGUACAGCAAGAUACAAGAGAUAUGUGGAACGCUAUGAAAACAUUUCAUAUUGUAGAUAGAAAAAAAGUUAAACAAUCGUAUUUUUUCUUUUCAUUAAAUAGAGAAUAA